CUCUCCUCUCCUGCCAGCUUCUGGCUCUUACAGCCGGGAAGGCAGGCUCGGGGCGUGCGUUCUUGUAAGCUGCUCCCAAAAAUACUCAGAGGGGCGGGGGGCAGAGGGGUGAGGCAUCUAGACAGGAAGACAGGAUCAGAUCGAUUAGACCGAGCUAAAGGACCAACAUUCAACAUUACCAGAGGGACAGAUUUCAUGUAGCUAUAUUUUUGCUUUGAAUUUUUUAUUUUUGGAAUCUGCUUUCUUUCCAUAACGCGCUGAUCCUCCUGCUUCCUAGACCAAGAAGAUGCCCAAAUCCCCAAGAUGCGCGUUCCCAUGGACCUCCAUUUGGUUGGCAUCUUUAGCUGCUUUGAUGGUGCAGUCGGUGCUCUCUUCUUCCUCUUCUUCCUCCGCAUAUCAGAGAACUGCAACCGAUGGGAAGCGGCCGGGCUUCAUGGAGAGGACGCUGGUUCUGCUUGAUGUCAACACCCGCAGUCCGAUAAGAGUCCUCAACGACAACUUCCUCUCUUUGCAGCUCGAUCCGUCGAUCAUCAAGGACGGCUGGCUGGACUUUCUGAGCUCCAAGCGGUUAGUGACCCUGGCCCGAGGCCUGGCGCCUGCUUUUCUUCGUUUCGGGGGAAAACGAACAGAUUUUCUGCAGUUCAACAACCAGAAGAACCUGGCUAAGUUCAGAGGACCGGGACCAGACUAUUACCUGAAGAACUACGAAGAUGAUAUAGUUCGCAGUGACAUUGCACUGGACAAACAGAAGGGCUGCAAACUAGCCAGCCAUCCUGAUAUAAUGCUGGAGCUGCAGAGGGAGAAGGCAGCCAGCACACAGCUUGUACUGCUCAAAGAGCAACUGUCCAACAUCUACAGCAACAUCACGAUAACAGCCAGGUCUUUAGACAAACUGUACAACUUUGCCGAUUGUGCCGGACUACAUCUGAUCUUUGGGCUCAAUGCGCUGCACAGGAACCCUGACAACUCCUGGAACACCUCCUCUACCCUCAGCCUUUUAAAGUACAGUGCUGGCAAAAAGUACAAUAUCUCCUGGGAGCUGGGAAACGAGCCUAACGCCUACCGCAGCAUGGUGGGCCGUGCUGUCAACAGCACCCAGCUGGCUCAGGACUACGCCAAGCUGAGGACUCUUCUGCAGUCUGUACGCUAUUACCACCGAGCUCAACUCUACGGCCCCAACGUAGGACGUCCUCGGAAAAACGCUAUACUGCUAUUGGAUGCGUUCACAAAGAAUGCAGGCUCUGUUGUUGAUGCAGUUACGUGGCAACAUUAUUUUAUGGAUGGCAGAGUAAAGAAAGCAGAGGACUUCCUCAAAACCCGUCUGUUUGACACACUGACUGAACAGAUGAUGAAAGUCACCCAGUUGGUGAACACACACACUCCUGGUAAGAAGGUGUGGUUGGGUGGACUAGGACCAGCAUGGACUGGCGGCAUCAAUAACCUGUCUGACACCUAUGCUGCUGGCUUUCUGUGGGUGAACACAUUGGGCAUGGCUGCCGUACAGGGGAUAGAUGUUGUGUUGCGUCACUCUUUUUUUGACUACGGAUACACGCACCUGGUGGAUCAGCAUUUUAACCCGUUACCUGAUUAUUGGUUUUCUCUGGUGUUUAAGCAUCUGGUUGGUCCAAGAGUCUUACAAGUGAGGGUGGCAGGUCUCCAGAGGAAACCACAACCAGGAAGAGUUAUACGAGACAAGCUUCGUAUCUACGCCCACUGCACCAGCUACUCCAAUCACAACUACGUCAGAGGCUCCAUAACAAUCUACAUCAUCAAUCUGCACCGGUCCCGGAAGAAAAUCAAGCUGGCAGGAACGUUACGGAACAAAACGGUCCAUCAGUACCUGCUGCAACCGUACGGCACUGAAGGACUCAGGGCCAGAUACGUCCAGCUGAAUGGGGAGAAGCUGGUCAUGUCGGACAAUGAGACCUUCCCAGAGUUGAAGCCUAAGACUCUGAGGGCUGGACGGACCAUAGCUAUGCCUCCCACAUCCAUAGGCUUUUACGUGAUCAAGAACAUUAAUGCAUACGCCUGUCGAAGAUAACACGCAGCCUUCAGCUCUGAGACUGAGUCUCAGUGAAGCUACAGAAACCACAAGCCUUCAAGAUCACUUCUCCAGGUAAACAGAGGAACACAGCCUGUGCUUUAACCAAUUAUUUCAUUAAUAAGGUUUCCAUCAACCAACACAUGCAAAAACUAGAACAACUGAGUUAAAGUAAGCCCAUCUGGUCCAUCAUUUUCCUGUCAGAGAACUGCCCAAGCCCCCCGUCCUGGGCUGCACUGAACGCUUUUCCUGUUGUUUUCAUGAACAGUUCCUCAGCUUCAAUACUUGUACUAACGGUAUUGUUUUUUCUAUUCCUAUGUUAUCAUCGCCCUCCCAGUAACAAAAUUAAAAAUAAUCAUACUCACUAUUUGAGUUCAUUAAGUUAUACAUUUUUUUCUAACGUUUUUGAAGGUUUGUCUUACAAGUAUGAAAAGGCAUGAGAGAUGGAUUUGUUCUGGUGUUUUGUUUUUAAUCAUAGAAAGGUCGGACCAACAGAGAAUAAUGUUUGUGUGUGUGCGUGUGUGUGUGUAUGGUUAAUCUCACCAUGUCUAUAUGUGUUUUUUUAUCGAUAAAGCUACUGACAUGUCUGUCCAGUCUGUUUGAUUUGCCGCUGAGAGAAAGUCUUUUUUUUCCCUUUCUUGCCAGUUUCAUCCUUUAAUGUUCAGAUUAGCAGGGACAGACUGUGAUGCCGCAGCUGAUGAUUUUUUUGUUAUUUUUAUUGUCAUUCAUCAUCUGUCUUAAAAUCAAUCCCACUUUUUUUCAGGUUUAUUUUUUGUAUGUAUAUCACCACCGAUAUGAUCUCAUUUUUCGUAAUCCUCAUAUGCUGCUAGUCUUUUUUUUAAAUAUACAUUAUAUAUGUUCUAUGUCAUUUUGUACAUUUUUGUACAUUUGUCUUAUUAUCUGAUGAUGUAUUGUACAUAACAAAAAGUAUAAUGAAAUUGAGCUUUUCAGCUUGAUAUGUUUACUUCCUUUCAUUAUAGUGACUUUAUUUAUAAGAGUUUUUGUGCUAAUAUUUCUUUUAUAUAAAUAUUUUUGCUAAGAAUACACCUGCCCCAACACUGACACAGUUAGUGCUGUGGUGGGGAAAUGACAGAGACGGACAGAAAGGAUUAAACGGUUUAUAGAACUUUCUUUUGUCCACAAUUCAUUUCAUCAGGUGUUAUUCAAUAUUAUAUUUUAAAAUGUUUAACUUAAACCAAGCCCUAAAGACUUACUUAAUAACUGUAUGUCAUACAUAUAUGUCUGUUUUCUUAAGUUGGUUAGCUGUCUAAAUUGAAACAAAAGCUAAUGUGUCGUUUUAAUUUUUUUUCAUCAGGCAAAUUGUUUAAUGAAACGAAGUUCCGCACCAAUUGUAGUCGCCAUCGUUUCAUCCUUUUCAUUAUGAUGCCAAGUUACAUUAUUAUCAAAUGUCACUUCUCAUAGUGAUGAGUCUUGACCCAGGCUGACCUUUUGAGUGAUGCUCCUUUUAUACUCAGCCUGUAUUACUGAACCUGGUAUCAUUUACAUGUUUCAGGGAUUUAUUUCUAAAUGAUAAAUAGAAUUAAGUUUGCAAGUGAAAACACACAAAAAAAAUCUUUGUUUUUUCCAUAAAAUUAAAGUUCAAAUGAGUUUUUAUUUCAUUUUAGGAGAGUGCACCAACUUGUCUGGAAAUGGGUUUUGUAAAUGAGGACAAUACAAGCUGGAAAAGGUUCAGUGCUGAAACCUAUUAAAUGUAAUGGUUCUUUUUUUCCCUCUGAAUGUUUAAUAGUUUUAUUUUAGAGAUGUUUAUAUUUGUUUUGGAGAGUGAUAUUUUAAUAUGUGAAUGUGUGGAUAUAUAUUAUUUUGUUUAUAAAAAGAUUACAUUGAUAAUAAACUCCAACAAAUGCCGAAGAACUUGGACGUUUCUCAAGGAAAAGUUUUAAAAAGUGACAUUUAACUCAGUAAGAAUUGGCCUGGAAAUGUACUGUAUUGCAUAACAGGAGAUAGUUUGGAAAUAACUGCGAGAGCAAUAGGCUCAUAAAAAGACAGUCAUGCAGCCAAACUGCCGCGCUCAAGAUAUGACAUCGAUGUGACGCACAUUGUCACAAGAAGUCAGAAUGGAAACAGACACAUAAAAGAUGAUUUAUACGAAAAUAAAUUCCUGACUACACAGAGAGGGUCUAUAAAUAAACAAUGUCAUAUUCUAGCAACAUUGCUAAACAAAGGUAGUGAAGUAUUAAAGCUCCCCUCACUGGUGCCUUCACUCACUCUCUCUCAUAGACACAAACUGUAGCCAGAGCAGAGUCUUUGUAGUGGGAAAGAAACUGUCCUGUCUCUGCAUGAGGGACUUUCUGAUGGGAAACAUCAAGCCAGGAUGGGUUCAAACUACAAACCUCAGAUUUGGCCCCAGACAGACUAAACCUGGGCCAGAUCUGGCUCAGUGUCUGCUCAUGCAUCUGCUCGGUAGGAUCAUGUAGGGGAAUGACAGACUGUUAAGAUUCUCCGUGCCCUGAUAGUGAUCAUGCAUUUGCCGUUUGAAAACUUUUGGUCUGAGCAUUGUUUGUGAGAACUGUACCGCACUGAUGUUUCUAUAGAAGGCAGUUCGGCAGGGAGCUGCACUGAUGUUUCAUGACUGUAAGUCAUUAACACUGGCGGCCCUUCAAGAGCGUUGAUCUAAAGCAUGUACCUUUAAUUAUAGUUUUGUUUUAAGUUCCAUUCAUGGAAAAUGGGCUUUUGCUUUUACGUAAGUCACAGAAAUGUGGUCUCAGGAAUGAACUUCUUCUUUCACAUGUGGUUCAUUUUAAACAGGUCGACGCUGCUGACAUGUGAGAAUCAAACCAGACUCGUUAACACCUGUUGCACAGAAUCACUAUCAAGGCCAUGCUGUGCGUAAGGUUGUGUAUAUACAGCACUCACAUUUGGAUCAAUAAGCAGACAUGCCUUAUUUACAAUGCACAUGAAAACAUUAAAGACAUGUUUGAGGCACACAGCCAUGCAGUCAACCAGGCUGCACUUUCUCAAGAAAAUUGCUUGAAGUCAGUCGUCGGUGACCAGCGCACGUUGAGCACACAUACUCCUCAGUGGACAUUCUGACAUUCAAAGCCGGGUUUUAUCAUAAAGCUAAACUCUAAUGACAACAGUUUGAAGUCACUUCCUUCGAUGAAAUUGAAUUUUCUAUCAUUUAGGAGAACCCGACCUGUCUGGACCCGUCUGCGUGACAGUGUCUGCCUAGAGACCUAACAGUCAACCAGACCUGUUUAUACUCUGACUCUGGGGAGACGUCCAACGUCCCCAUGUCAUUUCAACUGUUUACUGUGUAUAUACUGGAGUCGGCCUAAAUAAGACAUUCAUGAAUACUGGCUCCAAAGGAAACUCAUGGACCUGAUUAAACU